AUGGCAUAUCUAUCAAAUUUCAACUCCGAAACGGGCAAAACCAUACUCGUGGACAUUCUGAAGACGGUGAACCAAACGGAAAACUCGAAAAAACUUGCUGAAGCAAAAGCCAACUCGGGGAAGGAGAUGAUCAAAAUGAUGCAGUAUGUCUUCCCUCUGGUGAUGCAGAUUCAGAUCGAAGUUAUCAAGGACUACGGAUUUCCCGGAAGCCGCGAAGGUCUCGUACAGUUUGAACAAAUCAUCCGCGAGUUCGAACGCGAGGAUGUUGACAUCGCUCGUUUACGUGCCCAGAUAAGAUCAAUCUAUCUACCUCCUAUCAACAUCAACAGCACGAAUGAUGUUUUGAUUUAG